CCAACCUGUCCGUCUGUAUGUGAUCAUGUGUUCACUGUUUCUCUAUUUGUGUUUGUUCUCGUUGUGUUUUGCCGAUAAAGUUAAACCACCCAAGAGCGAGAAGGACGAUGUGGAAGUGUUCCAGAAGAUUGUGCUACCCCCUUUACUCACCCCUAAGGACUCCGCCCCUCCGACGAAGCUGGGGAAGUUGACGUGGGGUAAUAAAUGGAACUCUAGGGUAGUUAGACCUUUUGGUAGGGACCAGGUGGGAGUGGGGACGGGUGGCUGGUACGAUAGGAGUAAUCCUGGAAAUGAGGUGCCUACAUGGGAUGUGACAUCUUACCGCAAUGGUCCGCCCUCCAAACUGUGGCCCAACGCCCCGAUCCCUCCUGACCUCCAGUCCGCCCCCUACCCCUACAUCCUCAAGCCGGAGAGACUGGCUGCCAUCAGAGCCAACAUGUUUUACCCCUUCUUUGACCAAGGUGGAGACAGCGGUAUCGGAGACUUUCAGAAGGACAUUCACGCUUCAUCUCCACAGCUCCACAAGAACCUCAACUUCCAACUACCCUUCUUCGGAUUCCGCUAUAACUACACAAGGAUCUCCAUGCAUGGCCACGUAGAGUUCAGUGAUCCACCGGAACAUUACACAUACCCUCUCAGCUUCCCUAUAUCAGAUUGGCCCAAGAAGAAUGAUCCAGCCUUCAUCGGAAUCUUUUUCAGCAAAUGUAGAGUCGGUUCCAUUCGCCCAACUGACUUGGAUCAAAGAACUCCUGGAGUGUACUUCAGGAUGGAGCGAGAUCUUCAGGCACGUCAGGACUGGUACGGCGUAGAGAUGAGAGAGAGAGUCAAAUGGGACAUUCGCUCUGGCGUGGUUGGAGCACAAGACUUUGAGCCUAAACACAUGGCCAUUAUUACUUGGAAGAACGUUUCUUUUGCUGGAGGAAUCGACAACUCUCUAUACAAGACAAACACGUUUCAAAUGGUGUUGGUCACGGAUGAAGUGUUUGGCUACGUCAUGUUCAACUACAGAGACAUUCAGUGGACGACACACACAGAGGCGGGGGGAGACACUACUGGAGGGGAGGGGGGAACACCGGCGUUUGUGGGAUUCAACGCUGGCAACGGUACCCGCAGUUACGAGUACAAACCAUUCUCACAGUCCACGGCAGUGAGGGACCUCAUCAGUAGAGGUUGGGGCAACAAUAUGACUGGCAGACACAUAUUCAGGAUAGAUGAAAACAUCCUGCCAGGAUCUUGCAACAAGGAUAUCGCUGGAGCUAACCUGAAUCUUGUGUUUGCUCCGGAGAGUGCCAACAUGUUGGGAGGAACUGCCAUCAACAUCACAGGACCUUGCUUCCUCCCUGGGAUGAAGAUCAAGUGCAGGUUUGACACGGAAGGAGUAGAUGGUUUUGUAGAUACGUCGCUGUGGCCCAACCGAGCAGUUUGUGUGAUGCCGUUUGUCAUGGCAGAAGGCUACGUCAAGCUUGAUAUAUCUAUAGAUGGCGGAGCUUACAAUUGGAAAGGAAAUUUCUUUGUUGAGACCCCAGCCACCGCUACUCAGUACGUAUUCUUUGACACCGACAACAUUCACGACCCAUGGCCGGACAGUAUCCCGAUGCGGUGGGACGCCCGUAACUUGACUCUCAACAUGAACAGCAAUGUUAACAUCACCUUGUGGGGAUACAGAGAGACGACCAUACGACCAGAACUGGUCUUGAUAGAUGUCCUCCAGAUGAACGUACCAAACUCUGGACUCUACACAAUCAUUCCCAGCGACUACAAAAACAGGAAUAACUACAUGACUAGUGACAUCCGCUUUGGGUUCAUCAAGAUCCAGCUGAUCCCUCAGGAUUCUUCCCAGUCUAACGGGAUGCCUCUCAUAACUCCAGUGUUGUGGAGCCGACCUAUCCCGCUGGGGUGGUACUUUGCGCCCCAGUGGCAGCGACUCUACGGAAACAGCUGGGCGAGUGCGAUCUGCGAUAAGUGGCUCAUGGACGACCGUUAUCUCAAGAACUUUGCGGCUGAGGUCGCCCAGUGCCCAUGCACUCUGGGUCAAGCAUUGGUGGACAAGGGGAGGUUCAUGCCUGACUUUGACUGUGACAUUGACCGCAACCCCAAGUGCCAGUAUAACAAGGGAGCCGUCCACUGCGUCAAAACUGGGUCUCCAAGCUUGGAGGGGUCUGAACAACAGUGUUGUUAUGACAAGAAUUUCUACCUGAUGUUGUCGUAUGAUCAGCAAUGGGGGUCCAAGCCUAGGAGAUCUCACAACUUAGGAUAUCUGCCUUGGAACGAAGCUAACAAGGUGCCGACGCUAUCACAGUGGUUCCACGACAUCAGCCCGUUCUACUUCUGCUGCAAGUGGCAGGAGGAACAGGCCGUGGGUUGUGAGACUUACCGCUUUGAACGAAGGCCGUCCCAGGACUGUGUCGCUUACCAACCACCCUAUGUUGCCACGGUGUUCGGUGAUCCUCACAUAAUCACGUUUGACGAGCUGGAAUACACUUUCAACGGGAAAGGAGAAUAUGUUUUAGUGCACGUUAACUCCUCAAAGGCCAAGUUUGAUGUUCAAGGAAGAUUUGAACAGCUCCCCAACAACUUCUAUGGCCCAGUCAAUGCGACCCAGCUCACUUCUAUUGCUGCCCAAGACAACACUUCAGCAGUUAUCGAGGUGAGACUUAGACCGAGCAUAGCUCAGUGGAGGUACAGAAUGGACGUCUUCGCCAACAAGAAACGAGUCUACUUUGACAGACCUUCCCUGAGAGUACAGCACUUUCCGGGAGUGACUGUUUACCAGCCGUCCUACAUCCUCAACCAGUCGCAGAUUGUGAUCAUGUUUCAGUCAGGAGCUGGAGUGGAGAUCAUAGAAAACAAAGGCUACAUGGCAGCCAGAGUCUACCUUCCCUGGACGUUCAUUGGUCAAACGUCGGGUCUGUUUGGAGUGUGGGAUUUUAAUCCAGCAGAUGACUUGACAGACUCCCAGAAUAUCUCAUACCCUGUCACCUGGGGUCCUGGGUUCAGCAACAAACAACCAGCAACGUCCUUCCAGGGAGUCUACCAGUUCGCCAACUCCUGGAGACUAGAAGACAAGGAGAAGCAGAGUGUAGGAGGAUCUUUGUUUGUCCACGAGUACACGAGGUCCGCCAGCUACUACUCUGAUCCAGCCUUCUUACCAGACAUGUCCUCAGUGUUGACUAACAUGUACAGCACCAGUGUACAGACCUAUGACCCAAGGGCUGCAGAUGCUGCGCAGGCUAAGGCUUUAUGUGGAGACUCCUUCCAAUGUCAGUACGAUUAUUUCAUGUCUUUGAACAAAGAACUCGCCUCUACCAGUCUUCUCUAUCAAGGCAACUUCCUGUCUAUUAGAAGAAACGUCAAGCAAAGAGUAAUAACAUGUGGUAUCCUGGAAACACCAAGGUUUGGCAGAAAGAGUAACUUCUUCUUCACUCCUGGCACCAAAGUCACCUUUGAAUGUAACCAGGAUUUUGUCCUCGUUGGAGACCAGAGAAGAACUUGCACAGCACAGGGACAAUGGGAUGUACCAAUCUACGGGUACACUGAGUGCUUACGUAUGGUGGAGUAUGACAUCCAGACUAUUCUAAAUACUGCCGCCAUAAUCCUUCUGAUAUUCUUGCCAUUGCUGAUUAUACUUUGCUGUGUCGUGAACGUGAUUGUGCGUAAAAUCCGAGGGGAAGGUUCCUCAGCGUCGUGGAAUUACCUCAACUCCCUCGAGAAACCUCGACGAUCCUCAGUUUCAAAAGCAGAAACGACCCCUCUCAAGUCAGCAGCCAAUUUAGUUGAUGCAGACAGCGGGUUGGGCGUGACUCCUAAACGGACAGAAGCGACUUUGGAAAGGUCUGCUCCUUCCGCCCCACCCGCUAACAGAAGGGAAGACCCUGAUAUCGCUUACGAUGGGGUUUAUUACACUAACGAACCACUUCCUGGAAAGCCAAAUGUUGAUUUUGAGGAUAAAAUUUGGGACUUUGAUGAUGAAGAUGUGUUUAAGAGUAAAUCGAAUAGUUCUCUCUCAUCACCUUUGAGUGGCCGACUAGAUCAACCGAGACCUACUCCUAAUGAACCCUCACAGUAUGCUUCCAUCUUGAAACCCUCUGGACCUGUGUCUAACCCUUGUCCAAAUCCUCCGCAGUCUUCUACUGAAGAAGAUACUCCUCCUGAGCUUCCAAAGUCUCUUCCACCUUCUACUCUUCCUAUUGCUAGAAGUACAACCUUCUCCAAGCCACCUCCUUUGCCAAAAACCUCCCCUCCAAGAUCACCUACUAAGGGUCUUCCCCCUCCUCUUAUCCCUUCUCCUCGUAACUCCCCUUUACCCAGCGCCUCUACACCCUCGCCUGUCUCUAGUAACGCCAGUGCCACUUCCAAUGGUGUGAGAGUCAACAAAAUGAGUAGAGCUACUGCUAUUUAGGGUAAACAGUUUUUUUUACUGAAUAGAAAUUAAUGUUUUGCAUUUGUUAACUUUCUAACAUUUUUGGUGACUUUUAUAGUUCUUUCCCUACAAAAUCUUUGGUUAGUAACAAUAAGCAAUGUUUUUGUCAAGCAUUGUAAUUUUUUUGGAUUUAUAUUGUAAAAUUACUUUCAAUUUUAACUUAUACUGAACAAUCUCAAUAGAUAACAGAGAUAAGAUAAAACUUGUUGACAAUUCUAUCUACUGCCUGACAUUAUUGGGUCAAUGAUCCCUUUUUUAUAUGUAGUUUUUUACAAAAAGUUUACAUUAGGAAUAGGCAUAGUGAUUUUUUUAGAUAUAGAUAUUACUGUGUUGAAUUUUUAUAGUAUAAGCGAUUGUUAAGAGUAUAUGUCUUUGUAGUACAAAUCUAUUUUGCAUUUGUAAAGACUGAGGGAUAAUUUUCUAUUCCACAAAAUCGUUGGCUUUCCAGGAACUUUAAACUUGUGGUUAUUCCUAAAAUCUCCCUUAGUUUUUUUUUAUUAUUUUACAAACCAACACAUCCAUGUGGAAUGGAAAAUUUUCCCAAAGUCUCUUAAUGGAUUGAAUUUUUCUUUAUAUAAUAAAGUUUUUCAUUCCACCAA